CCAUUCCCCUUCCGCUUCCCCUGCCCCUGCCCCUGGCCCCCUGCCUCCUCGAAACGCCUUUUUUUUUUAUUUAUUUAUUCUCUCUAAAAUCCUCAUCGAUUUGAAGGUUCGUGGAAGCAACAGCUCUUCCGCUUUCAAUUACAGCGUCGAAUUAACGCCAUGUAUCUUAUCUUCCAUUUUUGAUCUGAAGCAAUACUGGUGAGGAAGUUGCAAGGACGUAUCAAUGGCCUUUGAGCAAUACUAUUCAAGGGAAUGGAAAUCAGUUGCUGGAACUGGGACAGAAAACUUCAGUGGUUGUUUUGACUGCAACAUCUGCUUAGAUUUUGCUCGUGAACCAGUGGUCACUUUGUGUGGCCACCUCUACUGCUGGCCCUGCAUCUACAAGUGGCUUCAUGUCCAGAGUGCCUCUCUUACCUCUGAUGAGCAUCCUCAAUGCCCAGUUUGCAAGGCUGAUAUAUCUCACACCACCAUGGUUCCCCUAUAUGGCAGGGGCCAAGCAGGGGAAGCUGAAGGCAGGACACCAUUCCGGGAUAUGAUCAUACCCCCCAGGCCAGCAGCAUGUGGCACUCAAUCCAUGCUAUCUAACACACUUCCUAGUGGCCAACAGCUUGUAUAUCGUAACCCUUAUCGAAAUCAACACAGCCCUCCACCAUACAGCAGUCAUGAGGAGGAUUCUUCUCCAUCACCGGUGUUCAACGUUGCUGGCUCUGCAAUGGCUGGUUUGCAGAAUCCAAUGAUUGGGAUGUUCAGGGGUAUGGUUUAUGCCAGGGUUUUUGGGGACUCAGAGGGCUUAUAUUCAUAUCCCAACUCAUAUCACCACCUAACUGCAAGUAGUAGCCCCAGGUUAAGACGGCAUGAGAUGCAGGCAGACAGGUCUUUGAACCGGAUUUUGAUUUUUCUUUUUUGUUCCUUUAUUCUCUACCUUAUCGUAUUGUAAACUGGCUUGCUGCGUUUUGUAUACCUUGUAAAGAUUGACGGUGUAAGCUUUUUUAUGAAUAUGUAGAUGAGAUAUCAUGUUAUCCUUCUGUGUUA